AUAGUACGUAAACAAAGCCAGGUAGAAGAGGGCGCCCUGUUUUGAUGACAUGUUCAAUUGUAUUUUGAAAUUGAAUAUUUUCGUGCGUUUAUGCAGCGAAUUAAUCAUCGAUUUUUUUUCACUUCAAGAUCUAGACAAGAGACUUGAGAAGAGCUAAAAUUGUAAUUACUGAGACAGCUGUCAGAUGGUGGACAUGGCGUGGCGAAUUGGUGAAAUUGAUGAUGGAUUGGCUCAAGUUGCGGCGGAAUUUGAGAACAAUCUGAGUGGCUUAGGGAUGGAAUUAGGCACCGGAGCUUACAACAUGAGUGAGGUGUUGGCUCUACCAAUCUUCAAACAGGAAACCAUAGAGGAAGGGUUUCAAUGCAUCUUAAACGCUGCUACCUCCCCAGCAACUAAACUCAAUGAAGAAACACUGACGUAUCUGAACCAAGGCCAGUCAUAUGAACUGAAAAUUAAAUUCCUUGGGGACACGGCCAAGUACCAAGGCAAAUCGUUUAAGAGUAAUAUCAGGGUUUUAUUUCAUGACAAACGCUUACAAUAUUCUGAGGAGGAACAAUUAGAAGCUUGGCGUACGAAUCGUCCCGGUGAACGAAUCCUCAAACUUGAUGUACCGCUGUCGUAUAACAUUUUAGAAUAUCACAACAUCCCAAAUAAACUGAACACAAUUGAAAUCCACUGGGAUCCUAGGAACACUGUAGGGUGCUAUAUACAGGUGCAUUGUAUAAGUACAGAGUUCACUGCCAAGAAGCAUGGGGGUGAGAAAGGCGUGGUGUUCCGAAUCCAAGUUGACACAUACAUCAAUGAGAAAGACAGCAUCGACACAACUUUACAUUCAGCUAGCUGUCAGGUUAAAGUAUUUAAGCCAAAAGGAGCUGACAGAAAACAUAAAACAGAUCGAGAAAAAAUGGAAAAGAAAGUGGACAAAGACAAGUACCAACCAUCUUAUGAUUGCACGGUGCUUAGGGAACUCAGUCUUGGGAAUUUGUUUUUAAAUCCUAUUGAAUCUAAGGUGUGUAAAGAUAACAAUAUUGCCAAUACAUCUAUUGCAAGUUCAUCGGUUUAUGAAAGCGAUUCAACAUUUCUGUCUCUAGAUUGUUCAUCUCUUUCGUGUAAUGAUAAAAGGGAGGCUGAAGAUAACAAUGAACCACUUCCUGGUGUUGAUUUUAAUCCUCUGAGCUCUCAUGCAACCCAGGUACAGACACAAGAAUGGUUAAAAAAGAAUAGAUUUAGUUCUUAUUGUAAAUUGUUCCAAAACUACUCAGGUGCUGAUCUCUUGCGGUUAAGCAAAGAUGAGCUGAUACAAAUUUUAGGUACUGCUGAUGGUAUUAGGCUCAACAAUGCGCUUCAGGACAGGCAUAUGAGACCAAGGUUAACAAUUUAUGUGUGCCAAGAAUCAGAAAGUGUUUACCAUGCAGUCUAUUUGGAGCGUCCAUGCCUAGAGGAGUUGAAACUUAAACUGUCAGAUUUAUAUAGUAUUGCCCCUGAAAAUAUUUCCAAAGUAAUUCGGCAAGGUCCAACUGGGAUACAUGUGUUAGUUAGUGAUGAGAUGGUUCAAAAUUUUCUUGAAGAAAGUUACUAUGCUUUACAAACAAUUAAAGAUGAGAAUGCGAGUACAUACACAGUUAUAAUGAAAUGAACAUUGAGGUAUUAAUCAAAACAGAAUGAAAAAUUGCUCAGAAGAUACUUUAAGGCAACUACAUAGGGCGUGGAGAUUGUUGGUUUUAUGUUGCAUUCCCUACGUUCUAUCAUGUAUAUUUUUAAUAAUAAUAAUUUUUGUGCGAGAUAUAUAAAGUGCAGGUGGGGUGUUGUGAUGUCGGAGGCCUGUUGUGGAGUGUGUUCAAAGUGACUUAUUAGUAAAUAAACACUGGUCAGUAUGUAUAUAGUUUUCUGCUUUCUUGUCAUGCCAGGUUGUGAUGGCCAUGUUUUUUACUUUUCUCUGUGCUGUGCCUGACGUCCUUCCAUAACUAUUGUGUUUAACUUAUUGUUACCCUGUGUUUAAUACUCAUCGAUUAACGUUUUCUUACAGAGAUUGUUAUUGUUGAACUUGAUCCGAGUUCUUUGCAAGCCAUUAUAGAUUUAAAACUUGACCUUGUCAGUGUGUCAAAUAACUGACCAACCACAACAGGUCCAGGAAUAUGCACUCGUCUCACAAACACACACAGUGUUACACUAAGUUGUGGUUAUUUAUGUUUAUGCAUGUUUUAACAAUAUUCAAGGGUCAGGGCUUAGUGUCUAUUGGUUCCUGUGGGGAAAAAAAAAAAAAAACCAAAUCCCUCCUUAAGUGCUAAAAAAGUUUAGGACAGUGCCCUACACAUGUUCUAUAAAUGUUUUAUAAUAUUUUAUCAAAGGUUUGUAAGUAAUUUAUUUAGUUAUAACUUUUAUGUAAAUGCUUUGGUAACAGUUGUUAUAUAGCUUCAAAUUACUGGCUAAUGACUUUUUUCUCUGGCCCGCCAUUGUGGAGGGAUUACUUUCAGUUUGGGGACAAACAUAUAGCUAGCAGAGUGGAAUUGAUAAGGGAAACCUAGAAGCAUAUCACUUUGAUUAUAUCUUGGUAUCUUUGUUUAUGACUGAAUCAGGGUACUUUUUAUAAUUUUUAAAAGCAAUCUUUAGAUGAAAUGUCAUUUGAAAAAUAAGGGUGUAUUAAGCAAUCAUAACAAGGUCUUUUCAACAAUCAUGUUACUGCAUUAGACUAUUUUGAAAAGCUUAUACAUAAACAAUACAAGAUAUGCAGAAAUAAACAACUGAAACCCUGUUUUAUCAGAUCAAUAUUCUAUCCAGUGAAAAAAUAUGUAGUAAAAUGGUCUGUCAAUUUUCCAUCUAUAGCAGGCCCGUAACUAGAGAGGUUUUCGGGUGAGAUUUAGGUUUACUACUGUAUUUUAUCCCCUGAACCUGGUAACAGGCCUGUAUAGUAGGUUGCCGUCUGUCGUAACGUUCCCAAAUUUAUGUAACAAUGUAGAUUUGAGUCCACAUUCAUCCAGCUAAUCUUGUUGAAAAUGUAAAAAUCCUAAGCUUUUCAUUCCAUUCAUGUUUCUGUUAACUGUAUGCAUUAUAUUUUGUGUACAUUGUAAUUAGAAUUGCUUACCAGUAUUUCCUAAAAAACUAAGGAAAUAGAAAUUGCAACCUAUACAAAUAGAGAAUAAAUAAAUAGAGAAUAGAUUUUAGAUACUCCAACCAACACUGCCCAAAACAAAGAAAAUACAAGACAUACCCAGUAGUACAGAAAAAAAACAACUUAAUACUGUAGAAUAACUGUAUCUAAGACUAGCCCCCAAGUAACAAAGUAAAACAUACAUGAUGGAAUAGUUGCAUACUGUCCAAAACACUGAUAAUAUAUUAGGUAACCUAGACAUGUCCACUGCUAUUGCCCAAGAAUAUAUUUUUGUAUAUUUUAUCAAUGCACACUGCUCGAAACACUCCAAAUGAUUAACUUCCAUAGCUUAGACAAGCCCCCACUAAUACUCCUAUGACUUCAAUACAUUAAUCGAAAAUAAGCAUUAUCUAAAUGCAGUUUGCUCACAAAAGUGCAUAUCAUGACUACAUAUAUUGUCAAAGAUAGAUUAGGAGAUGAGGUAUGAAGAGAUGGUGGUUGAAGUGCUGAUGGUGUGUGAGGUUAUGUUGGUGGGUUCCAUAAGUUUGUCAUGUAUGAUCGUUCGGUCAAUAAAUGGGGUUUUCUGAAA